CGUUUUGCAACCAUCGCUGCUGCCGCUUGCCUGUUGAUGCUUUCCGCUGUCGGCAUUGCAACGGCAUUCACCCAUUCAACCUUUGGUAAACAGACCAGUUUUCAUGGUAAGAUAUAGAUUGGAUCCUUUAGCAACCAACCAGCGGAAAUUUUAACCUCUUGCCGUGUAGCACCUAGUAUUUCUGAUUUCCAAAAUGGCUCAGAUGUUCCUAGACGGAACGUUAUCAUGAUGAUAUCGGAUGGCUUUGGCCCUGCGUCUGAGACAUAUGCUCGCACCUAUUUUCAAUACAUCAACAGUUUGCCUUUUGACCACAUGAUGCCUCUCGACACCAUCCAUGUUGGUCAGUCCAGGACCCGAUCUGCUUCCAGUCUGGUCACAGACAGUGCUGCAGGCGCUACAGCUUUCAGCUGCGCUAUGAAAUCUUAUAACGGCGCUAUUGCAGUGAACGUGGACAAAGAGCCAUGCGGGACAGUACUGGAGUCAGCCAAACUCCAUCAUAACAUGUUGACCGGUUUGGUGGCUACGUCUAGGAUUACGCACGCCACUCCAGCAUCCUUCAGUGCUCAUGUUGUUGAUCGUGAUAUGGAAGAUCAGAUAGCCAACCAGCAAAUCGGAGAUAACCCUCUUGGCCGAACCGUUGAUCUCAUGUUGGGUGGAGGAAUUUGCCAUUUCCUACCCAAUACCACAGACGGUAGCUGCCGUUCCGAUGAUGUGGAUUUAUGGAAUGUGUCCACCAAGAAAUACGGAUGGAAAUCCGUUUUUCGAGACCGACAGGAAUUCGACAAGCUUUCCAACAGCGCGGGCGUACUUCCUUUAAUCGGUCUGUUCACGUCCGAUCAUAUGUCGUACGAGAUAGAUCGUAACAACGACACUGAACCAAGUUUACUGGAAAUGUCUGAGAAGGCCUUGGGUAUCCUAAAGGCAGCUACUGCAGAUUCAGACAACGGCUUUUUUUUGAUGAUCGAAGGAAGUCGAAUCGACAUGGCUGCUCACUCAAACGACGCUCCCGCCCAUUUAAAGGACAUCUAUGCCUACCAUGACACUGUGGAUAUGGUCAAGAAAUUUGUGGAUGAAAAUCCAGGUACUAUUCUCAUAUCAACCAGCGACCACGAAACAGGCGGAUUCACUCUUGCUCGACAAGUGAGCAGUGCUUACCCGGAAUAUUUGUGGUACCCAGAUGUUAUUAGCCGUGUCAAGAAUUCUACCGUUGUUUUGGCAGACGCCAUUCAUUCUUUGAAAGGCGCUUCGAACGUUGAGGAACAACGAAUUGUUGCUGAGCAGGUUGUUACUGAAGGCUUGGGUAUUACUGACGCUACUGACGAAGAAAUGGAGUUCCUCUUAUCCAAUCCAUCCCGCUCGGCAUUGGACCAUUUCUUGGCUGACAUGGUAUCCAUCCGUGCCCAACUUGGGUGGACAACCCAUGGCCACAGUGGCGUAGAUGUCAACUUGUAUGCCUACGGUGUGGAUGCAGAUUUAUUGAGAGGGAGCCAUGAAAACACCAACAUUGGCUCUUUCAUUGAGCAUUUCCUAAACCUCGAUUUGAAUCAGAUUACUGAGAGAUUGAACAAGGACAAUGCAUCUUUCCAUAUCUCGACCAUGACGGACGCUCAAAAAACCGUCUUCACCGAUCAUCUUGACCACUAUCAUCAUGAUGAAAGCAACUUGAUUCACCCCUCCCAUUAGAACUAGAAGAAACAUCCCUUGACAUCUAACCCGCAGUCAUCUUACAUUAUUCAUAUAAUCAUUGGCAUACUUGUAUAGCACACUUUUUCCAUUCGUUGUUUCUCUUUUAUACAUAUUUUCUGUUUCCUUUGUUCAUAAACGAAUACAAUUUCCCUUUUGAACUCCUUUUUUCUAUGUGGUAGACCCGCAAAAAGUCUAGCCGUCUAUCGGCGCUUGUUCAAGAAGUCCUCAAUGUCUUGAGGAACGUUAAAGAUUCGGCACUUGGAGCGGAAAACUUGAAGAGAACGUUGUCUCACGAUAUCCUCGACCAUCAAUUCAUUGGAGACCAUUCGUCGCUACGUAGAGUAAAGCAGUAGGCGUGAGCACUGGAACUUGAACGACGG